UUGAAGGGUGGAGUCAAGCUGCAGGUGCUUUGGGUUACAUGUGACGAAUCGACUGAUAAAAAGAUCUUUCUUUCUCACUGUGCUUGUCACUUGAGUUUGAGAGCUCUCCAGCAUCAGGAGUUUUGUUUAUUAAUUAGUUAACAAGUUAGUUUGCCCUCCUUAACAUAAGGAAAUUUGUGUAAACUUAUUUGGCUUGCUGAUCACUGACGGGGGACUCGAUGAAGCAGCUUCAACUCAAGCUCUGAUAACCCCCCCUAUUUUGGAAAUGCAUAGCUUUAGCCUCUCUGGAUUUGUGUGACUAUACAGAAUGUACGACUUGGGAGCUGAGGCUGAUACUAUAGCCUGAAGACCAAGCUACGCAAUGAAUCCUUUGUUUUUCAUACGUUUUCGGAGUCUCUCGGAUACAAGUGCAUCGCCAUUUAAGCAGAAGAACAGAAGGCUUGUGAAAAUGAAUCUUCGCUUUAAUUUGCUCCCAGUCAUCUUGUUUUUACUCGACAAUGGUGUGUCUGGUGUCAUAUCAGAUGUAGUAUCGGUUUCAGUGAUGGAGGGAGAUUCAGUCACUCUAUACACUGGUGUUCAAACAGACCAACAAGAAGAUAUUAAAUGGUAUUUUAGUGACAUUCGCAUCGCUCAAGUCAGUGGAGAUCUCAGUUAUAUCUGUACAGAUGUUCAGUGUAAUGAAGGUACUGAGAGAUUCAGAGACAGACUGAAGCUGGAUCAUCAGACUGGAUCUCUGACCAUGACAAACAUCUCAAACACAGACUCUGGACUUUAUGAACUGAAGAUCAUCAGCAGCAGCAGUAGCAGCGACAAGAUCUUCAGUGUUACUGUCAAUGGUGUUUCUGCUGAUGAAGAAGAAGUGAAUGAGGGAGAAUCUGUCACUUUAGAUCCUGGUGUAACAAAAAGCCCAAAUGAUGUGAUGACAUGGUAUUUUAAUGAUAUUCUCAUCGCUGAAAUCACUGGAGAUCAGUGUAAUGAGAGAUUCAGAGACAGACUGAAGCUGGAUCACCAGACAGGAUCUCUGAACAUCACGAACACCAGAACCACAGACUCUGGACUUUAUAAACUACAGAUCAGCAUCAUCAGCAGCAGUUUCAGCAUCAGCAGAGUGAAGAGAUUCAAUGUCACUGUCACCCGUGGUGUGUAUAUCAUUCAGUCAUUCUGUGCAUUUUCCUUUGAGGAAUUAUUGUGCUGUUUCGAUAGAUGAAUGUGAUUACUGAUGAGGAAUUGGCCGCUUUAAUUAUCUGCGUGUGCUCCUCCCGAAACUUGUUAAUUAAACAUCACUUCACAAGUUCACACUUACAUUUAAUAAACUGAGUAAAGGGUUAUGGGUAUUUGGUGUGCUGUCCAUGGAGAGGGCUCUGAGCUUGGUACUUACUCCCGAUGACCAGGGAGAUGGGUUCAAACUCUGCGUUUAGCCUGGACCCAUGUGCUCCCCAAACGUGCAAUUAGAAUAGGGCAGCAGCCAGAUACGUACACUUGAAGAGCCCCAAAAAGCAAGGCUUAAUGUUAGAGGGGUGCUGGAUGUCCUUUGGUAUACAUUUGUUGUGGUGGUAUCUAGGAAGAGAAUUUGGCUUCAGUGGAAGCGUUCACUACUGCAGCAGUGGAGAAAUACAGAUAGAUGCUCCUGCGGGAGCCACUACUGCUGUGGCAGUAGAGAAAGACAGAAAGGGCUCCUGCGGGUUUGGCUACUGCUGCGGCAGUAAUGAAAGACAGAAAAGGCAUCUUCGGGAGCAGAGACUGUAGCGGCAAUGGGGAACAUAGGGAAAAGCUCCUGCGGGAGCAGACACUGCUGUGGCAGUGGAGAGAUAUAGACAAAGCCCCCUGUGGGAGCAAGAACUGCAGCAGCAAUAGGGAAAGACAGAAAAGGCUCCAGCGGGAGCAGACACUGCAGUGGGGAAAGACAGAAAAGGACAGCGGCAGUGGGGAAAGACAGAAAAGGCUCCAGCGGGAGCAGACACUGCAGUGGGGAAAGACAGAAAAGGACAGCGGCAGUGGGAAAAACAGAAAAGGCUCCUGCAGGAGCGGCUACUGCUGCAGCAGUAGGGAAAGACUGAAAGGGCUCCUUCAGGAGCGGCUACUGCUGUGGAAGUGUGGGAAUUGGGUAAAGCUCCUGUGGGAUGCUGCUGGGACAGCUGGAGUGGGGAUUGGCCAAUAUAGAUUGAUUAGACGAUGUUAGAGGGAGUUAGCUAUGGUGGGUCAGAAGCUAGAGUGAAAAGGGAUGGACCUGUGUUAAAGGGUUUGGCAGAUGAGGGUUUGGUGAGUUCUUUGAUAUGGAAUUGGUCUGACUGUCCAUAGGUCUUGGACCCCAUGCCUUCUGACAAAAUCGUUAUCAUUACGUUGCUGGCUACAGGGGGUGGAUCCAAGGCAAGAGGGUUCGGA